UGACCGUUUACAAAGUACCAAAUUAAAAUAGAAAAGAAAAUUUCAACAGAGAAGAAUAGAUGUUCUCAACAGUGCUUUGAGGAACGUCGACUGGUGACGACACAGAGGUUUAUUUUGGCCGUUUAAUUGUGACUUUAUGUUGAAGAAAACUCAGUUCCCUUGGAGAACACCUUAGAGAAAGCCAGAUCAUAUUCUGCAACAAUGAAAUACCUGCUGGUUUUUGACUUUGACUAUACAAUCAUAGAUGAUAAUAGUGACACCUGGAUUGUGAAAUGUGCACCAGAGAAAACGCUUCCUAAUGGAUUAAGAAAAUCUUAUCAAAAAGGAAAUUGGACAGAGUAUAUGGGCAGAGUCUUUAGAUAUUUGGGAGAUGAAGGAAUAAGAGAAGAUGAAAUGAAAAAUACUAUGACUACAAUCCCUUUCACGGCAGGAAUGGAAGAACUCUUAAGCUUUAUUGGCAAGAACAAAGAUAUAUUUGAUUGCAUAAUAAUUUCCGAUUCAAAUGCCAUUUUCAUAGAUUGGAUUUUAAAAGCUGCCAAUUUUCAAGAUGUGUUCGAUGCAGUGUUCACUAACCCGGCCGCCUUCAAUGCCAGUGGUUAUCUCACUGUGCAGCAUUUUCAUACACAUCAUUGUACAAAAUGCCCCAAGAACCUUUGCAAAGGAAAAGUCCUCAUAGAAUUUAUAGGUAAACAGUUAGAGCAGAAAGUAAAAUAUGCCCAAAUUAUUUAUGUAGGUGAUGGUGGGAAUGAUCUGUGCCCGGUAACCUUCCUCAAGAAGAAUGAUGUGGCUAUGCCUCGGAAAGGAUUUACUUUACAGAAGCUGAUUUCUGAAAAGACUCGAGAUUUGGCUCUUGUGGAAUCUUCUGUUCUAGUUUGGACAUCAGCAAUGGCUCUUAAAGGGCAAGAAGAUUAUACCUAUAUUUUCGAGGAUCCGUCCCAUCCUGUGGAUUUCCUGGAUGCAUUCCGAACGUUUUACCGCGAUGGCUUAUUUACCGAUAUUGCUCUUCAGUGUCCUUCAGGUGUGACGUUCCACUGCCAUAAAGCCGUUUUAGCUGCCUGCAGCAAUUAUUUUAAGGCGAUGUUCACAGCUGACAUGAAGGAAAAAUUUAAAAACAAAAUAAAGCUCUCCGGGAUCAGUCAUGCUAUCUUGGAAGGGCUUAUAAAUUAUGCCUAUUCCUCACAAAUCAAAAUAACUGAAAGAAAUGUUCAGAGCCUCCUUGAAGCGGCGGAUCUGCUACAGUUUGUCUCGGUAAAGAGGGCAUGUGAAGAGUUCCUGGUAAGGCAUCUUGACCUCGACAAUUGCAUAGGAAUGCACUCUUUUGCGGAAUUGCACACGUGUGCAGAACUAGAGAAAGAAUCUAAAAGGAUUCUGUUAUCAAGAUUCAAGGAAGUUUGGCAGCAAGAGGAAUUUCUUGAAAUCAGCAGAGAGAAAUUGGUAUUUGUCCUCACCAGAGAAAAUCUAAAUGUUUGGACAGAAGAAGCCAUCAUAGAACCAGUUGUUAAAUGGACAGCACACGAUAUUGAAAAACGAAUUGAAUGUCUUCAUGAUCUACUAAACCUCAUUCAAAUAGAUGUUGAUGAAAUCUACUUGAAAACUGCUUCAAGUCUUCAAAGCAGAUGCGUGCUUACUGAAAAUAAGCUACGAUUCCUAAUUUACAGUGCACUGAGACCUAAGCGUAAGGAGAUUUCCAGAAGAUCUACGGCUACGAUGUAUGUGAUCGGGGGCUAUUACUGGCAUCCUUUAUCCGAGGUUCACAUUUGGGACCCUUUAACCAACGUUUGGAUUCAGGGAGCAGAGAUGCCAGAUUAUGCAAGAGAAAGCUAUGGGGUUACAAGUUUGGGACCCAAUGUUUAUGUGACUGGAGGUUAUAGAACAGAUAAUAUAGAAGCUCUUGAUACCGUGUGGAUCUAUAACUGUGAGACUGAUGAAUGGACGGAAGGCUCUCCAAUGCUUAAUGCACGGUACUAUCACUGUGCAGUUACCUUGAGUGGCUGUGUCUAUGCUCUGGGAGGUUACAGAAAAGGAGCUCCAGCAAAAGAAGCUGAGGUCUAUGAUCCCUUAAAAAAGAAAUGGGCUCCUAUCGCUGACAUGAUUAAAGGUGUGGGAAAUGCGACUGCCUGUGUCUUGAACGAAGUUAUUUAUGUCAUCGGAGGCCACUGUGGUUACAGGGGAAGCUGUACCUAUGACAAAGUCCAGACCUACAACUCCGACGUCGACGAAUGGAGUCUCGUCACUUCUAGCCCACAUCCAGAAUACGGGCUGUGUUCCAUCCCGUUGGACAAUCAGCUGUACCUUGUUGGUGGACAAACCACAAUCACAGAAUACUAUGACCCUGAGCAAAAUGUGUGGCGAGAGAUCGCUCCCAUGUUAGAAAGGAGGAUGGAAUGCGGUGCGGUGGUCAUGAAUGGCUGCAUAUAUGUAACCGGAGGAUAUUCCUACUCGAAAGGAACGUAUCUGCAGAGCAUCGAGAAGUACAACCCCGAGCUUAAUAAAUGGGAAAUGGUGGGUAAUCUUCCCAGUGCUAUGCGUUCACACGGGUGCGUGUGUGUGUAUAACGUCUAAACGGGGCUGCAAUAUGAAAACUGCUGGGAUUUUGAUCACGGUUGCCUGCGGUGGUGAAAGUUAGCCAGGACCAGUGGCCCGUUGUACCAAGAGAAGAGUAAAUGCAGGUGCGGCUGUACCUGUGAGACAGAACGGGCACUUUUACGUUUUCUUUCCCUGUGGCAAGGGUCCGGGCCAAAUGCCUCGCCCUUCCCACUCUCCCUUCCCGCCUCCAUCACCACCAGAAGCCCACUUUCCCAGUGGGGACACCAAUGCACUAGUGCACAGUCCGGGAGAGCUGGGGAGGGAGACAGGGAGGUCCGGACACCGGGUUGGCCCUGUUAUUCCAAGCUGGAUAUGGGCGUGAGAAGGGCAGGGAGGGAAGUGGCAAAGCCAGGUAGAUAGGAGAGAGGGAGGAAGCGUGAGUGAAAGGAGCAAGGAAGAGGAUGAGCUGCACCUACCAUGGCUUGUGGUCAGUGAAACAACUUUCUCUCCCUUGUGACGCAAAAGGGACACCAGGAAUGAGCGAGGAAAGGCCCGCUUCCCGGGCUCAAGCACUGGAUAAGGGUGUCAAUAACGCCUCACCUUGCCCCACACCUCGCACCCCACACCCUACAGCUCCACAAUCCCACACUACACACCCAACACCUCACCCCCCGCCACAGCCCCACGGUGCCCCUCUGCCAUUCAGUAACUUUCAACCCUGGUUUCUCUCACCAGCAGUGGCUCCGUGGAUAAAACAACCUGUCUGGGCCCGAUGGAUGUCAUUCAGGAGAUUGGUGUUACCACCAUAAUUUAUAGAUUUGUAAAUUAUCGUGAAAUCUUGAGCUUAGCCUGGCAGCUUUCAGUAUUUAUAGGGUUGAAGGUGGUCAGUAGUUUCUAAAAUGAAUAUUCCCUCUUUCCUUCAGCGUUAGUACUACUGGAUAUAAAUUAAAAUUGCAAUGGGACACGUGAUUCCAUCUGUUACGCACAGUUCAUCUCAGGAAUCAAUUUAGCUAUAAGGAAAAUUAAAUGAAAAAAACCCACUUUUUACUUUCAUGAGGAUUAGCCUAGAAAUUUUUGGAAUGCAUUAAAACCUCUGUUCAGUUUUUCUUUCAUUCAUGCACGUUAUCCUUUCCUCGUUAACCUUUCCUUGUAUUUAUUUGCUUCUGUUUUCCCAUCAAUAAAAGGAGGAUACUAAUACCUUUCUC